CGAGGAUUGUCUAGCAUACCUCACCAUGUACUUGACAGCAGCUCUUCUCACCAUCCUGCCGUUGGUGUCGGCGGAUACCAUCGCCAACAUGUUCGAAUGGUCCCACGACGAUGUGGCCAAGGAAUGCGUUAGCUUCUUAGCCCCUCACGGCUACAAAGGUGUACAGGUGUCGCCAGUUAACGAGGUACCAGUACUCAACGGGCGGCCGUGGUGGGAGCGUUAUCAACCCUUCUCCUACAAGCUGGUCAGCAGGUCUGGGGACGAAGCUGCCUUUAAAAGAAUGGUAGAGACUUGUAACGGCGUGGGGGUCAGAGUAUACGUGGAUGUUGUCUUCAACCAUAUGUCUGCGGACCAACCAUGGGGUACCACCGGUACGGCAGGUUCUCGUCCGGACACUCAUGCUAAGAAAUACACAGAAGUGCCAUACGGACCCAACGACUUCCAUCCCCCUUGUGGUAUCUCAGAUUGGGGAAACCGAUGGCAGGUACGCAAUUGUGAACUUAUGGGACUCCAUGACCUCAAUCAGGCAAGCGAAUAUGUAAGAGGAAAGAUCGUUGAAUUCUUGAACCAUCUUAUCGAUAUUGGAGUCGCCGGCUUUAGGGUUGACGCAGCUAAACACAUGGAACCAACCGAUUUGGCUGUGAUUUACGGACGAACGAAUAAUCUGAACACAAGAUGGUUUCCAGAAGGAACGAGACCAUAUUUCUUCCAGGAGAUAAUGAGUAACCAAGAUAACGAUGCAAUCAAGCCUCAGGAAUAUACCAGGAUCGGUGGAGCUUUGGAUUUCAAAUAUGGUUUCGAAUUGGCCCGAGCCUUCAGCUAUGGUAACGAUCAUAACCAGCUCAAAUGGUUUUAUAACUUUGGAGAAAAAUGGAAUUUACUACCGUGGAAAGACUCGGUAGUAUUCAUCGACAACCACGACACCCAACGUGAAGGAGUCUUCGACAGACAAGUUAUCACAUACAAACAAAGCAGACAGUACAAGAUGGCUAACGGAUUCAUGUUGGCUUGGCCUCACGAAAGAGCAGUAGUGAUGUCCAGCUACAGCUUUAACGAUAAGGACCAAUCACCUCCUGCUUACCCUGUACCUAUCAACCAAGACGGUUCUUGCGGUGGAGGAUGGGUCUGCGAGCACCGAUGGAGGCAGAUAUAUAACAUGGUGGCCUUCGCCAACGUUGUAAAAGGAACGGGAGUAAACGACUGGUGGACCAAUGGAAAUGACCAAGUUGCUUUCUGUAGAGGUGAUAAGGGUUUUAUCGCAAUCAAUGGAGAAUCCGGGGAUCUGGAUGCAGACCUUCAGACAUGCUUGCCUCCUGGUAAUUACUGCGACGUGGUGAGUGGACAGAAGCAGGACGGAAGAUGCACCGGCAUCACGAUAAAUGUCCGCCAGGGAGGAAUGGCCAAGAUCAGGGUAGCGGGUAAUGCGGAAGACGGCUUUCUUGCCAUUCAUGCACAGCUCAACAUGAUCUUGACAGCAGCUCUUCUCACCAUCCUGCCGUUGGUGUCGGCGGAUACCAUCGCCAACAUGUUCGAAUGGUCCCACGACGAUGUGGCCAAGGAAUGCGUUCGCUUCUUAGCCCCUCACGGCUACAAAGGAGUGCAGGUGUCGCCAGUGAACGAGGCUCCUGUACUCAACGGGCGGCCGUGGUGGGAGCGUUACCAACCCUUCUCCUACAAGCUGGUCAGCAGGUCUGGGGACGAAGCCGCCUUUAAAAGAAUGGUAGAGACUUGUAACGGCGUGGGGGUCAGAGUAUACGUGGAUGUUGUCUUCAACCAUAUGUCUGCGGACCAACCAUGGGGUACCACUGGUACGGCAGGUUCUCGUCCGGACACUCAUGCUAAGAAAUACCCAGAAGUGCCAUACGGACCCAACGACUUCCAUCCCCCUUGUGGUAUCCAAGAUUGGGGAAACCGAUGGCAGACACGCAAUUGUGAACUUGUGGGACUCCAUGAUCUCAAUCAGUCAAGCGAAUAUGUAAGAGGAAAGAUCGUUGAAUUCUUGAACCAUCUUGUCGAUAUUGGAGUCGCUGGCUUUAGGGUUGACGCAGCUAAACACAUGGAACCAAACGAUUUAGCUGUCAUUUACGGGCGAACGAAAAAUCUGAACACAAGAUGGUUUCCAGAAGGAUCUAGACCAUAUUUCUUCCAGGAGAUCCUGAGUAACCAAGAUGGCGAUGCAAUCAAGCCUCAGGAAUAUACCAGGAUCGGUGGAGCUUUGGAUUUCAAAUAUGGUUUCGAAUUGGCCCGAGCCUUCAGCUAUGGUAACGACCAUAACCAGCUCAGAUGGUUUUAUAACUUUGGAGAACAGUGGAAUUUACUACCGUGGAGAGACUCAGUAGUAUUCAUCGACAACCACGACACCCAACGUGACGGAGUCUUCGGCAGACAAGUUAUCACGCACAAACAAAGCAGACAGUACAAAGUGAAUAGUAUGGCUAACGGAUUCAUGUUGGCUUGGCCUCACGAAAGAGCAGUAGUGAUGUCCAGCUACAGCUUUAACGAUAAGGACCAAUCACCCCCUGCUUACCCUGUACCUGUCAACCAAGACGGUUCUUGCGGCGGAGGAUGGGUCUGCGAGCACCGAUGGAGGCAGAUAUAUAACAUGGUGGGCUUCGCCAACGUCGUAAAAGGGACGGGUGUAAAUGACUGGUGGAGUAAUGGAAAGGACCAAGUUGCUUUCUGCAGAGGUGAUAAGGGAUUUAUUGCAAUUAAUGGAGAGCCCUGGGAUCUAGACGUAGACCUACAGACAUGCUUGCCUCCUGGUAAUUACUGCGACGUAGUGAGUGGGCAGAAGCAGGACGGAAGAUGUACCGGCAUCACGAUAAAUGUCCGCCAGGGAGGAAUGGCCAAGAUCAGGGUAGCGGGAAACGCGGAAGACGGCUUUCUAGCCAUUCAUGCACAGUCUAAAUUAUAAUUGGACAAGUGGCCUGACCUGGGAUACUGCACACUGAUCUUUAAAACUAAAUGCUG